AUGAUUAAGCAGCAUCACGUUAAAGUCGUCUGCGUACCCAACAGCAGGCUGCUGCGGCAGCAGCUGUACCAUCAGCUCAUUCAGUUUGCGAGUGGAAGCCCGAUAAGCUAUGCGAUAUUCUUACUCUUAAUCACGUAUAUUCAAAUCACCCGAGCAGCACAGGCAUUAUGGCCAAACCUAUCGACAGAGAAGUGUUCUAGCAGUGGGAACUUGAAGUACAUCUCAGGAAACGCCUUAACGGACAGUUCUAAUUGUAUAGGACCUAAUAACGCCCCAUACCCAAGUAAUGUAGUUUCUCGGACGUUCUCCAGCUGGAGCCCCAGUGGAUCUUCGCGGCGGGGCCGCAUGAGUCAACCACCGACAGUGGAUCCAAAGAUGAUGCAGCGAAUGUUGCUGCAAGUGUACGGUGAUACCAAUGAAGUGCAACAGCAAGAAGAUGUUCGCUCCCGAUACAGUCGCUCGUUAGACAGCACACCGCAAUGUCGCAGUGAUACACCGUCCCGGCUGUGCAAAACACGCUAUAACACCACCGCUCCGAUGUAUGGCGUAAGCCUCACUUCCGGGCAGCCCGUAACGAUCGUGCAAAAAUUUCCCGAUCUUCUGCAGCAGGUCGUCUUCGAAGUAUGCGAAUCGUCCGAAUGCGACGUGGUCCGGGGUGAAUGUACUCAAACGUACGUUCCGUAUCUCUUCCUGGUAAUUCCGCUGGGUCCGGUGACACUUACUGGACAGGACUACGUUCUGGUGGAGAGUGGCUGUGUGUGCAAGCCAAAGUACGCCACCGAAAAACCACGUGAAUCAGGCGGAAACUUCAUACCGUGAAUGUCGAAAUAGUAAGCGAUGGUCAACCAACAGAAGAAUGAGAUUUGAUUCAGAGUGUUUAAACUGAGGAAACUAACUUACUCCGAGUGUACAUUGUAGUGAUGUUAUUUUUAUGAUGCGGUUUGCUAAAACCGUUGCUAUUUGCGGCGCGUGUUGUUCUCUCAGCAGAGAAAUUGCAAACAAGUUAAUAAAAAAAAUAGACAACGGUUCGAUCAUCUUAGCGAUCUGGAGCCGAUAGUGCAAAUACGAAUCGAAUAGGAAGAAUGAAACAAAAUGGCUCUGAUGCCUGUAGUAUUAGAACAUAUUUAAUUUACUGAAAGAAUACUGUUAAUUAGGGUCCACAGUCUGGACGCAAGAGUAACUGUUUUUCUGUAAAUAUUUUUUUUUCUUUUCGUCCUAGUAUUAACCAUAUUAAUGUGCAUUUGAACUACCGAGCAAAGGAAUAUUUAAACAUGCUAUUUACAUCUUUACAUAUUCAGAGCUAGUUCGUGUUUUAAGAAGUAGAAAGAAUCCAGCUAUGUUCACUAUCUAUUUUUAUAUUUGCGAAA